UCCAUAGAGUAAAGUUUUGACUGACAAAACCUCACUCUUUUUUGGGUUUCUUCUCUUCAAACUAUGGCAGACGCCGGCGAAUCUUCGGCGUCGAAAUACUCAACAGCAACCGUCGGAGGCGGUGGCGGAAAACUCCGAAGAGAGAGAAAACCUCCAUCGACACCAUACGAUCGACCACCAACACCAAGUGGUCGCUGGAUUUCGAGGUUUGUGGACCCCGCUAAACGCAUCUUCUCCGGUCUCCCAUCUUUCUUCUCUCCUUCUCUCUCCUCCAACUCCGCUGAUGAAGUGCAAACAGAGGUUGAGCAAGAGGAUGAAGAUGCCGAAGAGAAUUAUUCGGUGGAUCUUGGUGCUCCCAAAUUUACUGAAGGGGUUGGUCCAAGUGAAGUUAAAGGAAAAUCAAAACUUGACACUGUUGAUGAAGAUGGACUGGAUAAAAAAGGGCAUAGUUCUGAUGGUGGAGUACCUGACAUUGAGCAGCUUAUCAAAGGGAAGACAUUCUCUAGGGAGGAGAUUAAUCAUUUGAUGGAGAUACUAAGUUCUAGAGUAGCUGGUGCUGAGCAAGAUAAAAGAGUCCCCAGGAUGCCUGGACUGGAUGAAGUUGAAAAGGCAGAAACUUAUAGUGAAAAGCACAAGUCAUCAGUUAAUGAGGAGGAAGAAUUGAAUAGAUUUCAAUUGGCAACCCCAACAUCUCUUCAACGACCAACAAUGCAAGAUGGAGUUGGUGCUUCGCCAGUUGAUAUAGCUAGAGCUUACAUGGGUUCCAGAAAUUCCGAAAUGGGCAUUACCUCUACAAGCCUAGUGCCAAGAACUGAGAAGUUUGGAUUUACUAGUGAAUUUUCAUCGAAGCCAAUCAUCUCAUCGCCUUUGCGGAAAGCACCAAUAUGCUGGCCUGGUGCCAUCACACAGAAUCAGCCAGAUUAUCCAACACCACCUAUUCGGAAUAACAGGUCUGGCCUUCAUAGUUUUUCUAGAACCCCUUAUUCAAGGACCAUGUACUCACAAUCUAAGUCUAAGUUGACUCCACUACGAGGUGACAGUGAGCGAUUUCCAAGCAUUUCACCAGCACCUUCUCAACCAACUGGAACUCCUGUUUAUGGGCAGUCCAUCAACAAGAUGACAGAGGGUAGUUAUGCAUCUGGAGGACCCAUUCGUAGGAAUCGUAAUAAGUUCACUUCAGCUACACCUGCCAGGGAAUCUACUCUAUUCAGCACUGCACGCAGAAGUCCUUUGGCAAGAGAGUCCAAUGUGGAUUUUACGCCUAAGAAGAAUUUUGAGCCUGGCAGCUCCAGUGCAGCUAAUCUUGAUUCAGUAUAUAGCAAGGCAAAGAGCCCUGACACUGGGGUUCGUAGUUCUCAUCCACACAGCAGUAGGCUUGCAAGGCAGAUUUUGGAACAACUUGAUAGACCGAUCACACUAAAAGAAAAAUCAAAGGAGUUGAAGCUAGCUGCCUCAUGGAAGGACUCUUCUGCUGCUACUUUGGCUACACCUGUUCAAAAUAUGAGUUCUCCAAGUUCCUUAGGGGUAGGUAUUGGCAAAAAUAAGAAUGUGGAUGGUGUAAUACUUUCUGCUCAGACAAAUAGAGAAAGCAAUGUCUUGCCUUGGGAAAGAAAUAAUACCAUCAGUGGUGCUGGAAAAGAUAUUUUCGGUUCCAUGAAUUCCUUGGAUAAGUCAACUUCAAUUACUGGUGCUAAUAUUUGGCCAAAUGCAAGUCGUGAAAAACUCGAUUCUGAAAGAAAUGCUGAGCAGGGAAUUAAUAAUAAUAAUGCACCAAAAACGUCUAUGCUUAUUGGUGACUCACAAUAUGCACAAAGAAAGCCAGUUUUACCAUCAAUUGCUAUCGAGAAGUCUAGUAUGAUGACAACCUCAUUUGCUUCAGCUACAAUUCCAGGAUUUACCUUCCCAUUUAGCACAUCGUCUACCACAUCUGCUGAGCCACCAACACCAUCUAUGAUGCCAUCUUUCUUAACAAGUGCUCCUCAACAAUCAAAGCUUUCAACUAAUCUUCCUACAUCAACUUCUGCCAACAAGAUCAGUAUUGCACCACCUGUUGUUGCCUCCCCACCUAAAACAACAGCUUCUACAUCAAAUGAUACUUCUAGUCCCAUGUUCAAGUUUGGAUCAGGAAAGCCAAGGUUAUCCUUUGCCGUUGCAGGAGACGAUGUUGCCUUGGCCUCUAAUGAUGCUGCUACUCCAAAGUUUAAAUUCGGAUCUGGAAAAAGUAGGCUAAAUUUUGGGUCAAUUGGCUCUGAUACUGUGUGCUGUUAGUGACUGGUUUCUUCUUGAUAUCUCUGCUGACGAAGCGCGAUCUUAGCUUUCAGCUUUUGGUAGAUUAUAGAUCUGUCAAUAUCCCAUUCAAUUUUAUUUACCAAUCAGUUUAUUGGUCCCCUUUCUUAAGAACAAUGUGAAAAUAGGUUGGACCAGAUAUUUUUACUGUUUAAUGAAAGCUGAUGUUCAUAA